AUGGAGACGKCCAGGCUUGUGCGAUUGGUUACUUUUAUCCUGCUAUGCUUUUCACAGGUUUUGCCUGAGAAAGUUUGUCCCAUUAUAGAAAGCACGGGGUGCUUCAAGAAAAGAGUGGGAUCAUCGUUAAUUCUACAUAGCUUAAUCUCAACUGACCGUGACCCCAGCUCACGCGUGUUCAGUGGAAUCCAAGUUAAAUGGUGGAACUGGGACACGUACAAGCAUGAUAUCGCUUGUAGAUGCGCUAGAGUUGCUAAAUCAAGCGGAUAUCAAUUCUUUGGUGUUCACUACUAUGGUGAAUGCUGGAGUGUUAAAGAUAYUAUAGCUGACCUACUCAAUGCUACCAUGGAAUCCAAUCGAUGUUUUGGUGAGGAAUACAAAUUGUGUGGUCACAAUGAAGAGUAUUGUGCUGGAGAUAGCACCGCUGUCUACAUUUAUCAAGUCGAUAUUAACGAGUGUCUUAUGGAAAACAAAUGCGAUGUCAAUGCCGUGUGCAUCGAUACGCCARAUUCGUACAAGUGCAAGUGUAAAAAAGGAUACAUUGGCAAUGGAACUUAUUGUGAAGCCGAGGAUCUUGAUCAUUGUGAGCUGGGUAAAUGCGACCCCAAUGCUGUAUGUAUAAAUUCGCCUGCUUCGUACUCCUGCAAGUGUAAGAAAGGAUUUAUUGGAAACGGAAUCGUAUGCAAAGCUAACACAUUCAGAGGACUUAAAAACUCGGCGAUCUUAAGUAAACAUAGCAACAUCAACUAUUUCAAGAAGCUGACACAAUUUUUGCGGCCUGUACUAAAAAAUCAGCUCAAAAGUCAUUGGAUAAGAUGCUGGCGAGCUUCUACUGAUGGCUGGGARGCUAAAACAUUCCAUCGCCUUUGCGAUAGUAAAGGUCCCACGGUAACUCUGGUCAGCGCUGGAAGUGAUGUAUUUGGAGGAUAUGUCGAUGCAUCCUGGGAAAGUUCUGGUGGUUACGCGUUUUCAUCAAAGGCUUUUCUGUUUUCUUUGUUUAACAUUCAUGGUUACUCGCCACUCAAGCUUCCUGUCAAAUCCAAAGCCAAUGCUAUAUAUCGGUCAGGUUUCUUAGGCCCAACAUUUGGAAGUGGUCACGAUCUAACCUUGGAUGACAUGGCCUCACGUAGUGACUAUAACGAGUUUUAUAUGCAAUCAUACAGUGCCCCGCCUGGUUGUCACCCAUUAUCACCCUGCUAUUUCUUUACUGGUAAAGCUAGAUUUCAACCAAGUGAUAUAGAAGUUUUCUAUGAUUCUACAGUCUAAAGAUAUAGAACUAUUAGGUAAUUCAUGGUCAUACGUUAUACUCGGUUUCUUCCAUUUGUUUUGAUAAUCAGCUCCACAAUUAAAAAAAAAUGGAUGGUUGGAUAGGGAACAAAAKAAUAACGAAGAAAUUAUAUU